CGAGAAAACCCGGGACCGGAGCCAAAUCUUCCCAGAUACAACUGAAACAAGCCGUAUGGUGGGAGCCUCCGUUACAGGAAACUUGAGCCAGAGAGCUGUCGUGUUGUGGAAGGAUGAAACCCCAGACACAGUUUUCCUAGAUUGGGUUCUUUCAGUAGAAAGACACUUUUAUCUCUAAGGGGCAUGUCAGUGACAUUUUAGUUAUGUUUACCUGAGAAGAGGCAGAGAGAAAGACGAGUUUAGCACACUGACUUUUAUCCUGAACCUACAUACUGUAGGUAGAAAAGAUACUGCACAGAAACACUAUUUCGGUUUGAUUUUGUAGAAGAAGGAAAAAGAUUUAGUUUGAAAUUACAAGAAGGGACACCCUCAGCUUUUUGUGUAUAUGUACUUAGCAUCUCUGAUAACUGCUUGAAGCUACACAGUCACAUGUUUAUAGUAAAGGAACUGGUCCUCCUGUGCUGGUAUCAAUUAUGCAUUACUAAAUCCAUUAUUUUUCAAACAGGAUCAUAAAGACUUUUGAUACUCAUAGGCACAGAAAGAGGCAUGUUGUACAUUUUCUUUCACAUGCCUGGUUGGAGACGACUAGUUUGCUUCAAUGGAGAAUUGGAGCUAAAAAAGGACAAACUGUAGAGGCCGCUGUUACCUCAGCAUUACCUGGGAGAUAGCGUAGCCUAGCCUAGCUUAGCUCAGGUCAGCACACCCCUGCUAGCUAGUCCGAGACCCCCGCCCCUUAACCGUCCUCCUUCUCCUACAUCCCACACAGCAACCCCCCCCCCCCUCCGUCUAACUUUUCCAAGUGAGUUGUCAUGGCAUCAGUGCGCUUCACGGUGACGCCCAUCACGGCGGAGGACCUCCCGGGGUCUCCUGACAUGAGCUCCUGCUCUGGCCCCCACGUAUGGUUUGGCUCCAGAGAGAGCGUCAAUCGAAGUGACCCACUGAGCGAGGCGUCGGGAAGCCUGACGACCACUACAGCAGGAGGAGGUGGGACCGACACGCCGGACCUUAGUAGCGCGGAGCAAGGUGAUGGAAAUUCCAAAAUCUCCAGUGUGUAUAUCAACAACCGUCAUGGGGUGGAUGACAAUGACUUCUACAACAGAAACUUGGCCUUAUUUGAGGAGGAGAUGGACACAUGGCCAAAGGUGUCUUCUCUGCUCAGUCGCUGGGCCAAUUACACCAACCUGACACAGGGGGCCAAGGAGCACGAGGAGGCCGAGAACAUCGGUGAGAAGAAGAAAGCCAGCAAGUCACUACAGAUGGGGACUUUUAUGGGUGUGUACCUGCCUUGCAUCCAGAACAUCUUCGGCGUCAUCUUGUUCCUGCGGUUGACCUGGUUGGUGGGGAUUGCUGGGGUGCUGCAGGCUCUCUGUAUUGUCUUCUUAUGCUGUUGCUGUACAAUGUUGACCGCGAUAUCGAUGAGUGCGAUCGCCACUAAUGGAGUUGUACCAGCGGGAGGCUCCUACUUCAUGAUCAGUCGCGCUCUGGGUCCAGAGUUUGGGGGGGCAGUGGGCCUGUGUUUCUACUUGGGGAACACCUUCGCGGCAGCCACGUACAUCCUUGGAGCCAUCGAGAUCUUUCUGAUGUACAUAGCACCUAAAGCAGCCAUUUUUGAGUCAAAGUACCCCGAAGGUGAAGGGGCAGCCAUGUUGAACAGCAUGCGGGUCUACGGCUCCAUCUUUCUCCUCCUGAUGUCCUUGCUGGUCUUUGUGGGCAUGAAAUAUGUUAACAAACUGGCCUCCAUUUUCUUGGCCUGCGUCAUCGUCUCAAUCGUUUCCAUCUAUAUCGGAGUGCUGGUCUCUGCCUUCAAACCAGCCAAUUUUCCCGUGUGCAUGCUGGGAAACAGAAGCAUCAACCGUCAUGAAAUUUAUGACAACCAUUGUGCAAAAACCAUCCUGCUGCAGAUCAAAGAGCCAGUGGGAGGAGAUGAUGUGAACUUCACCGCUAUUAUCGGAACCAGCACUGUAGGCCCGAACUUGGACCCCGACAACGCCCCUGUUCUGGUGGAAAGGACCACAUAUCUUUGGAAGCAGUUUUGCCAGGGCCCAGAGCUCAACUCCUCCUGUGACGAAUACUUCAUGUCAAACAAUUUUUCUGAGAUUGAAGGGAUCCCCGGUCUGGCCAGUGGGAUCAUUUCAGAGAACGUGUGGAGCUCCUACCUCAGCAAAGGGGACGUGGUUGAGAAAGGCUACCGUAACUCCUCUCCUUUUGCACACCCACCAUCCACACACCAGCCUUGUGUGUUUGCUGACAUCACCACCUCCUUCACGCUGCUGGUAGGCAUCUUCUUCCCGUGUGUCACAGGAAUCAUGGCUGGUUCGAACCGGUCAGGGGAUCUGAAAGAUGCCCAGCGCUCAAUCCCCACUGGAACCAUCCUCGCAAUCCUCACCACUUCCAUCGUCUACCUGAGCAGUGUUGUUUUGUUUGGCGCAUGCAUUGACGGGGUGGUCCUCAGAGACAAAUAUGGAGACUCAAUAAAAGGAACUCUAGUGGUGGGGACUCUGGCUUGGCCCAGUCCCUUCGUCAUUGUGAUUGGCUCUUUCUUCUCAGCAUGUGGCGCAGGCCUCCAGUCGCUGACUGGCGCACCCCGACUCCUGCAGGCCAUUGCCAAGGACAACAUCAUCCCCUUCCUCUGGGUGUUUGGCCAUGGGAAGGCUAAUGGUGAGCCCACCUGGGCCCUGCUGCUGACGGCCCUGAUUGCUGAGCUGGGGAUUCUCGUCGCCUCUCUGGACCUGGUGGCUCCCAUCCUUACGAUGUUCUUCCUGAUGUGUUAUCUCUUCGUAAACCUGGCCUGUGCCCUCCAGACCCUCCUGAGGACACCCAAUUGGAGGCCACGCUUUUCCUACUACCACUGGAGCUUGUCAUUUCUGGGGAUGACUAUCUGCCUGGCGCUCAUGUUCAUAUCUUCUUGGUACUACGCAAUAGUCGUCUUGGUGAUCGCAGGCAUGAUCUACAAAUACAUUGAGUAUCACGGAGCGGAGAAAGAGUGGGGGGAUGGGAUCCGCGGUCUCUCGCUCAGUGCUGCCCGUUAUGCCCUCCUGAGGUUGGAAGAGCGACCACCGCACACCAAAAACUGGAGGCCCCAGCUGAUAGUGUUACUAAAACUGGACGAAGACGCCCACGUCAAGUCUCCUCGCCUGUUGACGUUUGCCAGCCAGCUGAAGGCGGGAAGGGGCUUGACCAUAGUUGGCACCGUUGUCUCUGGCAACUUCCUACACAGCUAUGGCGAGGCCCUCGCAGCUGAACAGACUCUAAAGCACCUGAUGGAUAAGGAGCGUGUGAAGGGCUUCUGUCAGUGCAUCGUGGCUCAGAAACCGCGUGAAGGCAUCAGCCACAUGAUCCAGUCCAGCGGCCUGGGGGGAAUGAAACCCAACACUGUGGUGAUGGGCUGGCCUCAUGCCUGGAGGCAGAGCGAGGACCCACAGUCCUGGAAAACCUUCAUCAACACAGUGCGGGUGACCACAGUAGCCCACCUGGCCCUGCUGGUGCCCAAAAACAUCUCUCUGUUCCCCAGCAAUAGUGAACCCUACACCGAGGGCUACAUUGACGUCUGGUGGAUUGUCCAUGACGGGGGGAUGCUAAUGCUGCUGCCGUUCCUCCUGCGUCAGCAUAAGGUGUGGCGUAAAUGUGGGAUGCGACUCUUCACAGUGGCCCAGAUUCAGGAUAAUUCUAUCCAGAUGAAGAAGGAUCUGGUAGCCUUCCUCUAUCACCUACGAAUUGAAGCUGAGGUGGAAGUAGUUGAGAUGCAUGACAGUGAUAUCAGUGCGUACACCUAUGAAAGGACCCUGAUGAUGGAGCAGAGGUCACAGAUGCUUAGACAGAUGCGACUUUCUAAAUCAGACCGGGAAAGAGAGGGAAACCCUGGUAGCAGCAGCAGUAGGCCAGAGGCAGGUGGAGCUACAAGGUCUCAGGCCCAGCUGGUGAAGGAUCGUAACUCCAUGCUGCGUCUGACAAGCAUCGGAUCAGACGACGACGAUGACACCGACGGCGGUGAGCGAGAGAGGGUGGUGAGCGGCGGUGGCGGCGGCGGCGGUGGCGGCGGCAGCUCUGAGCACCACCGUCAAGUUCAGAUGACCUGGACCACAGAGAAGACCUCACAAUACAGAGCCACGCACUCCGGCUGCUCCACACCCAAGGGCUUCAGAGACAUGCUCAGCAUCAGGCCGGACCAAUCAAACGUCAGGCGGAUGCACACCGCCGUCAAACUCAAUGAGGUGAUUGUCAACAAAUCCCAUGAAGCCCGACUUGUCAUGCUAAACAUGCCAGGACCCCCCAAGAACCCAGAGGGAGACGAGAACUACAUGGAGUUUCUCGAAGUUUUAACAGAAGGACUGGAGCGUGUCCUGUUGGUCAGAGGUGGAGGAAGCGAAGUAAUCACCAUCUACUCCUGAUUGGACAAACAGAGGAAGCCAGCGUUAAAGAAGCAGCCAAUCGCGCAGAAGUGAGCGCCCGUGAGUUCUGGGGGUGCGGGCCCAAAAAGAGAGACUGCCAUUGGCUGCUGCGUCUGUCAUCCUGCCGAACACACCCCACCCAGCCCUUUUCCCUUCACAUUUACACUUUUUAUGUCAUGACAAGGGUUUCCAUUCCAGUUAUGUUGAGCUACAGAUAUGCCAACACAGUUCUAUGAAUGAGCAAAAAGAAACAAAAACAAAAAAAAAACCCCAAGAGUGUGUCUGUGUUUGUGUGCGAUAGUCAUCCAUCUGAAGGAGGUUUGGUUUUUCGGAGAAGGGACCAGUGUUGUGUUUGGAGCGAGGGUGUCAGGGCGGAGGACCACUGAAUGGCUGUGAAGUGUCCCCGAACGGAGCAGUCGAUGCACUGACAAGACUCAGGGUUGCUUUUUGUACAGAAUGUAUUUUGGAAACCGAUGUGAGUUCUGACUUCUUUUGAUAUCCACUACAUCCAUUAGUAUUUGCGCAAACCUCAGAAUGUUUUAUCCACAGUGAAAUUAUAAUUGGAGUGACGCUGAAUUAUUUUCAAAUUCUAGAGUGUUUCUCAGAAUCCACUCUCCUGUAUGAGGAAACCAUUUCUGCUGGGGAAAAAAAGUUAAAAACUUAGUCAUGAUAACUGACUGAUACGAUGACUUACCUCAAAUUAAGACUUGGUAAGCCAAAAUUUUGACUGGCUAUUUCAUAAUUUUGACUUCCUAAGUUAUAAUUAUUAGAUCAUUCAAAACUAUGAGAGGGGUACAAAAUUUGAGAUAGUGAAACAGAAUUAUUAGAUAAAAAGUUUCAUUUUUCACUUGUUAAAUCAAAAUUAAAAGAUACAAAGUCACAAUCAUGAGAGAAAAAAUUAAAAUUUGGACUUAUUUAUGCAAAAUUUUGAUCGGCUAAUGCAAAAUAAGAGAGAGGUCCAAACGAUGAGACAGUAAAGUUAAAAUUGGAUAAAAAUUCAAAUUUUUCACCUACUCAAUUUACAAGAUAUAUCACAAAUUAAAAAUAUAUAUAUACAUUUUUAGAUUAAAAAGUCAAAAUUUGAUUUGGUAAUUAAAAUGAGAUAAAAAUUCUUAAGUCAAAAUGAUGACUUUAUCUCAUAAUUUUAACUGUACCAAUUUUUAAUUUUUUUUAAUGAUGUUUAACUUUUUAAUUUUGUUGUAUUUCUCAGCAAAAGUUGGCUUCCAUACAUUAUACAUACAUAUUGUGAUGAAAACUAAUGACAGAAAAUUCAAAAUUACCACCACAUAUCUUUAACUGUAAAGCAGUCUUGUCUUUAUGCACCACAUUUAUAGAUUAAUCAACGUCGACCAAGAUCCCAGGAAAAACGAAUCAAAUGAAUUAAACCAGUGUAAGGGAAGUAGUCGGAGGUCUUCUCUUUGUCGUGCCAUAAACCGGCCCGUAGUUGGACUGCAUGUAAAUAGUUAGUAUGUUAGAGUAGACGAUAGGGUGCGUUUGAAGAAGCGAGUUCGAACUGUUGUGGUUGUUGUUGUGAGGGCCUUGGAAAAGGGAAGAAUUUGGAAGAAUUUAUUGUUGACACACUGGACCAUUGUGGAGAGGACCACUGCACUGCAUGCUGUCAAUGUCACUGUCACUCAGAGAAGUGCAUAUAUGUCUGUGUGUGUGUGUGUGUGUGUGUGAGAGAGAGAGAGAAACGUGUGAAUGAUACGUGUGUUCACUUGACAUACUAAAAUGGUGUUUUCCAUUCCUUCUACAGAGAAUAUUGGCUGCGCUAUGUAGUGUGAGCUUGUGCCCUAAAACCCUCCACCUCACCAUACACCUGAAAUACACCUACUGACAUUCUGCUUUGUCUUUUGUGUGUGUGUGUGUGUGUGUGUGUGUGUGUGUGUGUGUGUGUGUGUGUGUGUGUGUGUGUGUGUGUGUGUGUGUGUGUGUGUGUGUGUGUGUGUGUGUGUGUGUGUGUGUGUUUCUGUCUCUGUCUGUCUGAAAGAGUGUGUGUGUGAAUGUUUGGAGCUGUAAACUAGAGGUGUUUGAUUCCACUGUAAGACUUUGUUCUUUUUCUUUUGUACAGCGUUAUUGUGCAGGGAUUCUUUCAUGUUCAUUGUUAUUUCCUAAACAUUGUUUUUUUGCUUAUUAAUAAAGACAAAAAAGAUCCCAAGUUUUAUCUUUUUUUUUAAAAAUUACGUUAAUAUAAAAAGGAAUCGUAAAAAAAAGUUUGCUUGAAAAAAUAUGGGAAUAAAUAAAGCAAUUUUGAAAAAAAAAAAAGUUACAUGUAUGUUUGUUUUUGCUGGCUGAUAUUGGUAUUAGAAUUUAUGAUCAAUCAGUCAGAUGUUUAUGAACAAUUUUGAGACAACUUAAAUGUUAUUUAUCAGGUAAAAGCCAAACAGCUCCCCAGAUGUGAAGAUUUAGCACUUUUCUCUGUAAGUUGAGUAUAUGUCACCUUGGGCUUUGGAAAAAUUGUAAUGAGCAUUUUUACUUUUUCAUACUAUACACUAAGAAUCCUUAAUUUUUUUGACAAAAGCAACCCAAUUAUUAUAUUGAUAUGAUCUUUUUUUUUUAUUUAUUUAUUUUUUUUGGAAAGUACCAAAUUUAUUGUAGGACGGCUGCAACUAACAAUUACAUUCAUUAUUGAUUAAUGUGUUGAUUAGUUUUUUGAUCAAGUGUUAAGUCUAAAAAUAGUUAAGUUUUCAGAAAAUAGUGAAAAAUGCCCCCUACAACUUACCAAGCCCAAAGAGUAGCGUCUUCAAAUUGCUUGUUUUGUUAGACCAACAGUCCAGAACCCAAAGAUGUUGAGUUUCCAAAGAUAUAAAACUGAUUGAAUGUUUGACAUUUUUGCUUUAUA